AUGGACGCCCAGCAGCACCCCUCGCACCCCCCGCCGCCGCCCUCCGCCCCGCGCCGCCCGCCGCCCUCGCCCCCGCCGGACUCCGACACGGCCGAUGUCCUGCAACAGAUCAUGGCCAUCACCGACCAGAGCCUGGACGAGGCGCAGGCCAGAAAGCAUGCUCUGAAUUGCCAUCGGAUGAAGCCUGCUCUCUUCAGCGUGCUCUGUGAGAUCAAGGAAAAGACAGUAAUGCGCAUGCGUGGCAUUCAGGAUGAGGGUCCCUCCGACGACGACGCUCAGCUCCUGAGACUGGAUAACAUGCUGCUGGCCGAGGGCGUGUCCAGGCCAGAGAGGCGAGGAAGAGGAGCACUGGCGGCGGCGGCCAGCACGGCAACCCCAGGUGGCUGUCCAAAUGACAAUGGCCUUGAGCACUCUGACUACAGGGCCAAGCUGUCGCAGAUCCGACAGAUUUACCACUCUGAGCUAGAGAAAUAUGAACAGGCCUGCCGUGAGUUUACUACACACGUCACCAACCUUCUCCGGGAGCAGAGCAGGAUAAGGCCUGUCUCCCCCAGGGAGAUCGAGCGCAUGGUCCGCAUCAUCCACAGCAAGUUCAACAGCAUCCAGAUGCAGCUGAAGCAGAGCACCUGCGAGGCCAUGAUGACCCUGCGCUCGAGGUUCCUCGAUGCCAGGCGUAAGCGGCAGAAUUUCAGCAAGCAAGCCACGGAAGUGCUGAAUGAAUAUUUUUAUUCCCAUUUGAGCAACCCUUACCCCAGCGAAGAAGCCAAAGAGGAGCUGGCCAGGAAGGGUGGCAUCACAGUCUCCCAGGUCUCCAACUGGUUUGGCAACAAAAGAAUCCGGUAUAAAAAGAACAUGAGGAAGUUUCAAGAAGAGGCUACCAUUUACACAGCUAAAACAGCAGGGGACCCCACAGAAGUCAGGGGCCAGGCCAGCUGCCCAUCGAUGCCCAGCUCCAGUUCCUCUGGUCCCUUUCCACUGUCCAGCACCGGGGAUGCACUGAUCACCCUGCAGACGCUGACCUCUCUCCAGCCCUCCCCUGGGGGAGGCAGCCUUCUAUCCCAGGCCAGAGGCAGCUGGCAGGUGAAGCGAAUGUCAACCACCUCACCUGUUGGAGACCCCGGCCACAUCAUCUCAGACGCAACUAAUUAAGUACUUGGACGAGCAGAAAAAAGGAUGGUGGGCCCUGUGGUGGUUCUCCGGCACUCGUGUUACCUCAGGAAACCCAGAACUGACAGCAGGCAGCGCUCCCCGAGCUGACCGGCAGGCAACACUGAGGCCAUCUUUUGCUUGUCAGCUGAGAUUUGAAACGGGCUGACGCUGCUCAUUCUCCCAACCCCAUUUGGUUUUUUUGAAAACGAAUUCUCUGGUUAAGACUGAACUAUUUCUUUUAGGACUUGGCACAGUUUCUCCCAUUAAAAUUUUGGACUGAUUUUUAUUUCGAUGUCGUUCACUCCCAGAGCUGUUCCUGGCGGCGCUUGACCUCGCAGGAGCAGGGCUGCAGCUGCACAGUUGUGUAAGUUGUGAUUCUGUUUGCUCCUUUGUCCAUUCAUGUGCCCACUUGCCCAGACCCUGCUUCCCACACCCACUUCUGUUGUGUCAUUUCAGACAAUUUUGAUUUAAGUCUGCUGUAAACUCAGAAUUUUCCUGGGAAUUGGUUUGACACUCUUCUUUUUUUCUGUUAAUACAAGUUCUACCAUUUUUGGUUGGAAUGUCAUUAAAGACGAUAUAUUUCC